AAUAGAUAAAUAUGGUUAUAAGGCUGCGUAUCUAUCGUGGAUUUUGCGGUCAAGUUGAAUGACUGAAUUCAGUGAGCAAAUAACGAUUACAAAAAAAAAGCUGGCCAGUUCUAAUUGUUAAAUUUAGUUACGAUUUGUCGUCGAAGUCGCGCGUAUCAACGCAACGGAAAACAUUACAGCUCAUUCACUUAACUCAUCAAAGUAGAACCAAACAAUGGGCAUUUUCGCAUUUGGAUUGCUGCUUCUGCUCCGCCUCCUGCUGUCCACGUCGAGCUGUUUGGCGUUUGAGGAGCGUGCGGAUUUCUGCAUUAAAACGGAACCAUUGCUGCUCAGUGAUUUAGAGCGACGUGUGUUCCUCGCCAGCAACGAGGGGCAGUCCCAGUGUCACAUAACAGCCAUAACCCUGACGGCCAAGGAGAAGGAAAUCCUCAUUGAUACGCUGUGCACGGAUCACGGCUCGACUUUGAUGAAGCGCAGCAAUAAUCACUUCUUCAAGCUGUACAAUGGGGAGCUAAGUGGACGAGGUGGCCAACGGGAUAUAUGCGAUGGGAAAGCCAGCUCCAUGUUGGCAUGGGUGCCCUACACCACCAUGAUGGAGCAGUAUGCGAGCGAACUGAAUCCCAAGGAACGACUCAGCUAUAUUGCCAAGGCGACUAAUGUGCAGCGAGAAAAGACCGAAUUGUGUCAUUUUCGACACGCGGAUUUAGUCAACAAUGUGCUGGACAACAUGUUCACCUGUGUGGUCAUGAUCUUUGAGGAUAAUUUUUAUGGUAUUGAUGAUAAUAUCAAUGUGCUCGUCGAGCUGCAGCCGCUGAUGUAUCAGCUGAGGAAUGUGACCUAUUUGCCCUGGCGGAAUGUGACCAACAGCUACAAGAUGAGACUGGGCAAUGGAGUGCUGAAGAAUCCCAGUGGACAGCGGAAGCCCAUCUAUGGCAGCCUGAGCUAUGAGUUUGUGGAGAAGAUACGCGUGAAUACGAGCAGCGUUUUCCAGCUGGAGCAGCUGGCGAAGUUGCCACUGCUACUGGAGCAUCGUGGCUCGGUGCUGGAACUGGAUGCGGAUGGUGUGGGCGGCUUGGAUGUGCAGGAGCAGGCAUAUUUUGGCCGCACCAUGGACGCGAAGAGCGAGGUAAAAUUGCAGGUGAUUGGCCAAUGGGUGGAUCAGCAUCGGGAAUUCGAUGCGGACAUCUACGAGUACUUUGGACAUGGAUUGCUCCGCUACAAGCAGCCGCUGAACGGUGGUCGUUUGACCUUCGUGCGCAUCGAUAGCACCGAACCGGCCUUUGAAGCACCCGAUUCGCGUAAUCUGGCAAAGGCUUCACUUUUCCGCGAUGCGAAUGCAUCGCCGGCGAGGAUGAGCGUCAAUGCCACUGAAGGCUACAACGAAUGGUCGUCGGUGGAAGAGGAGGGCAACUCCUCGUUUUAUCCCUGGUUUGUCCUGAGUUGCCUGCUGUUUGCCAUUGUCCUUGUUGUCGUCAUUUAUGGCAUUGUUCGGGUCUACAACAAAAAGACAAAGGAACGUCAAAAAUACGAAUUGGCAAACACAAACAAUAAGCAGGCCAAUUCAUCCUGCCUAGAAUCUAAGUAAAAAAACACACAAUUUACAACAAUUAUAUCGAAUUUCGUUUUGUUCACAACAUGUUUAAUUAAAUCCCUUUUUAAAUUUAAAGC